AUGUCGGACAGCCCAGUUCCCGUCCUUCUGAGGCCUACGGCCGCUGAAUUUGUUCCCGGCCAGCUUGCGCAUCCCAGCCCUGCCUCGAGCGAGCGCGUCUCUUCCCCUGCGACGCCGCCCCAGCAAGGCUUCAACGCUCAGCCCCAGUACCAGCUGCCGCAACAUCCUCAGGGACUGCCGUUCUGCAGCCCUGGGUUCUACGGGUAUCAGCCAUACCCCCUAUAUGAUGGCUACACCCACUACUACAACCAAGUCCACAACCCGUUUGACUUCAACGCCGGCCCACCCCCUUACUACGAACAAACCCAACGUCCUAUGUGGGUCCAUGAACACACCUCCUACAUUGGAUACACCGAAGGCACACCCGAGCCGUUCACAAAUCAGCACCGCGAGGUCAACGGCGUACGGGCCGGUAGGAUGCCGUACCAGAACAACCACCAGGACCGCCAUCAGAAUGGAAACGGCGCGGACCCCAACACCGGAUUCAGGAGGAAGCCUAGGAAGAAUAACCGCAGAAAGUACAAUCAUCGGGCGCGGGUACAGGACCAGAACCAGGAGCACGAGCAAGACCACGAGCAAGACCACGAGCAAGACCACGAGCAACAGCAGAAGCCUGGGGGCGAGGCCAGUGGAACUUAUCGACGAAACCCGCCUCGUGAACAGGACUGA